AACCUCUUUUGAAUCUGUUGCAAAGUUGGAGACAUUCACUUGUGUUCUUGAGCACGUGUUGUGAAGACGUACGAAAACAGUUUCUUACAAGCAAAAUGGAUAAACCAGUAGUCCUAGCUCGUGUCAUGAAAGUUUUGGGAAGAACCGGAUCUCAGGGACAAUGUACCCAGGUGAAAGUUGAAUUCAUUGGUGAACAAAACCGACAGAUCAUCAGGAACGUAAAAGGACCCGUCAGAGAAGGUGAUAUUCUCACGUUGCUGGAAUCCGAAAGAGAAGCUAGAAGACUGAGAUAACUAUUUUGCAGUUUUUUCCAUCUGUAAGCAUUGUACUGUUUAAAACUAUCAUAUUGUAAAAGCAAUGGCAAAACUGUAAAUGAUAUAUUAUAUUGGUUUUGUAUA